AUGCAGUUCACCAAGGCUCUCCUCUUCCUCUCGGCCCUCGCGCCCGUCGCGUUCGCCGCUGAAUCUGCCACAGCCGACUGCAUCACCAAGACCAUCACUCUGGUGCCCUCUGGCUACACUCCUCCCCCGUCGUCUACCCCGACCCCCACCCCGACCUCAACUUCGAGCUCGGUUUCGAUUGAAACCCCGACUGAAACCCCCAUUGAGACCUCGACUGAAGCUCCCUCGUCGACCUGGACGCCUGUCAUCACUAGCAUUCCCACCCUCAGCGUCAUCCCUUCCAUGAGCCACAUUGCCAGCUCCACCCCCCUGAUCAAGGCUACUAGCAGCUCCCCCGCCAGUGAGAGUGCCUCGGCUACUCCUUCACCUCUUACUGCUGGUGCUGCCUCCAUCCACCUCCCUGGUUUCAUUGCUGCUGGUGCAGGCGCCAUUGCUGGUCUUCUCUUGAUCUAA